CCUAUAAAUGGAGUCCUCUAAGUGAAUUGUAUGUUAAGAGUUUUACAUUUAAGUGUAGUGGCGAUCAAAUAAAUGUUACAAUCGGUGCCCGACUUACUACACUGUACUUCCAUAGCUCUUCAUCUACAGCUUUUAAAAUCACACACACACACAAACCACUCACACUGAGGGGGGAAAAAGACAGAAAACGAAACACCCUCUCGUUGCCGUGUUGGAUUUCCCUGAAUCAACUGGGAUACAUUAUCGAGUUUAUAGUUAGCCAGUAAUACAAUUUACUUUCAUAUUUUACAUCGACGCCAUUAACCUAGGACGGUGCUUCUGUAAGAGAACAAUCAUGGACUAUUUAAAGUUGAAAUGGACAAUAUGGUUCAAGUCCCUGGACUCCGACCAUGACGGCAGAAUCACAACAGAAGACAUGCAGAUGUCCGCCAAGAAGUUCGACGACAUUCGCAAGCUCAUCGGAGAGAACGGGGCGGGUGUUGCCGAGUUUGACAACACAAAAUGGUGGAACUCCUACAUCUUCCGCAGAGGCCCGGGCGUGGCGUUGUCCUUGGAAGACUUCAUAGCAGCUCUGGAAGAAUCUUACCAAAAAGACAAAACAGCAUUCCGCCACGAAAUGGAAAGAUGUUUCGGCGACGUCUCGGCCUUCAUGACGGACAACAAAGACCGCCCUAUCCAGGAAAAGGAGUUCAUUUUCGGUUUUAAAGUUUUCGGUCAGGAAGAUUUAGCUCAAGUGGCCAAGGCGUAUACUCUGUUUACGGCCGGUAGCGGUCAGCCGACCAUUCAACAGAUUGUGGAUGCCUGGGUCCAGUUCAUCGCGGACGACGACGCGGGUAAACAAGAUAUGAUCAAAGAGGCUUUCGGGAACUAGUGGACGGUCUUUUGUGAGGACGCUGUUCGCGUGUUGAUGCCUGUUAAAUGUUGUGUUUGAUGUACAAUGUUUCUAAGACCUCGGCUCAAUACUCUAUGACUCUUUCAGUCUGAUAAACGCAAUCUGUACAAUGUAGUUCACUUAAAACCCGUUACCCAUUCUAAUACUCAGAUAAGAAAUAUAAAUUUCAUUUUUGAAAAUACAAGAGGGUAUGAACAGCAUUACCGCUUCAUGAAAAGUUAUGCGGACGUGACGCGUUGCUGUUCAUGCCUUUAUGUAUUUCAAAAACUUUAUAUUACACUUUCCUUUCGUUCAGAAUAUUUCCAGCCGUUAAAAAACGGUCCUACUAUAUUUAUCAAGAUUCCGACGCACAUUGCUCACAUUCAUAUGAGGAAAUGACUAUAUGAAGACAUCGCAGGUAAAAACAUUGAAAGGUCAAUAUUUUCAAAUAUCCAUAGUAGAAUUAGAUUAUCAAAUUAAAUUUGUUCAUAUUUAAAGUUA